UAUUUGACUGAAACGGGGGAAAAUGGGGCGAUCAUCGAAGGACAAACGAGAUAUCUACUACAGACAGGCGAAAGAAGAAGGCUGGCGAGCAAGGAGUGCCUUCAAACUAUUGCAACUGGAUGAGGAGUACAAUCUCUUCGAAGGUGUGAAUCGUGCAGUGGAUCUUUGUGCAGCCCCAGGCAGCUGGAGUCAGGUCCUGAGUCGUAAGCUUCGAGACAAAGAGAAGAAAGAGGAUGUGAAGAUCGUAGCGGUGGACCUGCAGGCAAUGGCACCACUACCAGGAGUCACGCAGAUUCAAGGAGACAUCACCAAGUUGUCCACAGCCGAGGAGAUAAUUAAGCAUUUCGAGGGCCAGUCCGCUGAUCUGGUUGUGUGUGACGGAGCGCCAGAUGUCACAGGACUCCAUGACGUGGAUGAAUAUAUCCAGGCCCAGCUCCUGCUUGCUGCGCUUAACAUCACCACACAUGUACUGAAGACAGGUGGAACAUUUGUAGCGAAGAUCUUCCGGGGUAAGGACGUGACCCUGCUGUACUCCCAGCUGAGGAUUUUCUUCAGCCAGGUGACCUGUGCCAAGCCUCGCAGCAGCCGCAACUCCAGCAUAGAGGCGUUUGUGGUUUGCAGAAACUACUCUCCUCCGGAAGGCUACAUACCCAACAUGUCCAACCCUCUUCUGGACCACUCUUAUGAUGUUGACUUUAACCAGUUGGAGGGGCCAAACAGGAUCAUUGUUCCAUUCCUCGCCUGUGGUGACCUUAGUGGCUUUGAUUCGGACCGUACCUACCCUCUCCAGCUGGAUUCCUCCAAAGAGUACACCUACACGCCUCCCACCCAGCCUCCCAUCCACCCCCCGUAUGAGCAGGCCUGCUUCAUGCGGAAGAACAACCUCCUGGCCAAGGAGGACGCCCCCGCUGCCGCAUCCUUAGACCACGCCCUCUCUACCAUGCAACUCUCGGCCAAUGAGGUGAGGGAUCAGGAACCCUCGGGAUCACAUGACUAAGAUCAGAAUCCAAUGAUUAAGGAGGAAAGCCUGGUUCCAAAUGUGGCAG